CACACGUGCACCACGAACUCUGGCAUAGACGUUUCGCUCGUUCUCUACAGCCAUUCUAUCUAUUAUAUUGCCUUUGCUUCGGUGCGCUUAAUGUUCUAUUAUAACCCAAGUAUGUUGUCGUCACAUUUGCUUCACGGACGCAGGACGCUGGCUAUGUAACAUCAAAAACAGGGAAUAUGCAACCUGUAUACCUUUAGUCAUACCAUCGUUCUAGCGCCUUAUCUCUACGUUACAGAGGAGCCUUUCGGAACUGAUGUGGGCUCCUGGAAUUUGUUUCAUUUUGUGCAUCCUGCCUCGUCUAAUUGAGGCCGCGUACAGCGUUCGGAAUAUUCAAGCCACGUCAGAGAGGCCGAGUCUGGUUCCUCCGAGUGCAGCAUCUGUUUCUCAAAGCCAUCUCGUUUUUACAGAUGCCUAUUCAGGGGGUCACCGGCUUGCAGAAGUCUUUAAGGACAGUGAAGGCCGCUUUCUAUCCUGCAACAUGGUCGGUGACAGGAAGCUAAUCGGGCAAGUCCUUUCUUUUGUUCCCAUUCACCUGGUGGAUCGUGUAAACAAGCACCAAAUGGACCACGUAGUACACCAGUGUACACAGCGGCCGCGCAACGUUGAAGGCUCCUAUUUCGCCCAACUUUUGGACAAGACACUUCAAGGAAUCUUAGCAUUUCCAGGAACCAAGUGGUGUGGCGCUGGUAACGUGGCCAGAAACUACACGGAUCUGGGAGAGGCCCCAGACGCAGACGUAUGCUGCCGUGACCACGACUUUGCUACGGAGAGCAUACCACCCCACAUGUCAAGCCACGGAUUGCAGAACCAGUAUCUUUAUACAAUGACGAGUUGUACGGCAGAUAAACUAUUUUUCAACUGUCUCGCGAAAGCCACAAGUGUCACUGCUCUUUCUGUUGGUGUCACCUAUUUUGACAUACUUAGGACAAAAUGCUACAAGUUUGGUCAUCCAACAAAAUGCGUCGACAAAGAAAGGUUGCGAGGGCCAAAGCUGAGGGGACCAUGUAAGCAAUUCAAGAUAGACAUAAUGAAGCUCAAGAAAUGGCGUAUUUACGACCCACCUAACUUUUUUGAGGCUUUCUUCAAGGCGAAAGUAAUCGGGAAGAACGCGAGAGUACUAUGGACAUGUGAAGAAUAAGAUAUGAGGAAUGAAACAUU